UUCAGAUUUUAGAAUGCUUUCUUUGAGAAGAAAACGUAAGAUAGUGAGUUUCUAAAUUGAAGAACACGAGACCAAGUAUAUAAGAAGGAUGGAGCCCGAAUCUCUAGUACCAAAGCCCGGGAUGAAGGAAAGGAUGAAAGCCGGGAUGAAAGAGCUAAGGAAAGUAAAAAAGUUCCGCGUGAAACACGUGAUUUCUAAAUUACGAGAAGAGAACUGGGGACUCAGGAGAUUAGUCUGGCUUCUCCUUGCAUUGGCUCUCUUUUACAGGGGAUGGACUUUGUUGGAUAUUGUAAAGCUGUUGAUUUAUCUUGUAAUCUUCCUGUUCAUAGCUCUUCCUUUCGUCUUUAAAUAUACGCCUUGGAUACAGAGACAUCUAGUUUUCCUUCCCUUUGUCAGACUUCCUGGAUAUGUAAACUUCUCUGACCCUGAGAGUGAAGGAUUGCCCGGAAGUAGAAACUUCUACUUAGAAAGUGAACCAGGAGUAAAGCUGGGUGUCUGGCAGAUACUUCCGGCAGAUAUUCAGGGAAGCAACAAGGAUAGAUCUGAGGAGUGGUUUCUCAGCAAACUGGGAGAUAAUAGAACUGUAGUCCUAUACCUGCAUGGUAAUUCAAACAAUCGUGCUGGUCCUCAUAGAAAAGAAUUAUACAAUUUACUCAGGAAUAUGAAUUAUCAUGUGAUCACAUUUGACUACAGAGGAUACGCUGACUCCACGCAAAUAGCUCCAAAUGAGACUGCUGUGGUGAACGAUGCUAAGGCUGUUUAUGAAUGGAUUCGAGGGAAGGUUGGAACCUCGAGGCUUAUUGUCUGGGGACAUUCUCUAGGUACAGCAGUAUCCUCGCAUCUUGUAUCAGAUCUAUGCUUGGAGGGAAAUAGACCUGAUGGACUCAUCCUUGAGUCUCCAUUCAACAACAUAUUUGAUGAGGUCCGUAACCAUCCCAUGGCUUGGGUUUGGCGAAAGAUGCCUUAUUUUGACUGGUUUUUCACUUCAGCAUUGGAGAAGAACGAUCUUGGAUUUGUAUCUGACCAACGAAUAUCGGUUGUAGACAUUCCGAUACUCAUUCUUCAUGCAAAGGAUGAUGCAGUGGUUCCGUUUCUCUUAGGAAAAGCUUUGCACGAAGCUGCUCUACUCACCAGAAAUAAAGAAUGGCCUGAGGCAGAAUUUGUCGAAUUUGAAGCAGAGUUUGGCUACGGACAUAAGUACAUAUGUCGAGAUCCUGGUUUACCAGAGAUAAUUAGACGGUUUGAGGCGAGAUGUGCUUAGAUCAAGAAGUUGGUUUUUCUUACGCUAGUGUACUUAUGUCCACAUACUUGAAUGAUCCGAAUACAUUGUAAUGUACAGAGUACAUACACGAUCAGAAUCUGGAUUGUACAGAGUAAAUACAUAAGCAGAAGCUGGAUUGUAAGAGUACAUACAUCAGCAGAAUCUAGAUUGUACAGAGUACAUACAUGAGCAGAAUCUAGAUUGUACACUGUACAGAGAACA